CUCCGCGUCCAAGGUUCCUCAAAAACUUUGCACAAACAGUCGGUCGCAACUGGAGAUUGGACAAACAUCGAAGAGGGCAAGAAAUAUAUGACAGCAUGGCAUCCAUUUCGACUGAGCAGAAUACACAGCCCACUCCUCAGCUUCUGUCAGUCGGAGAAAAGGAUAAGAAACGGCUGCUGGAGGUGUAUGUGAAGCGAAGUCUCAGCCUUAACGAUGGAUCACAAUGUCCUCUGAGACAGGAGCAAAGAACACGCAAAUGGGUUGCCAUCACAGAGCCGAAGACAAGACAUCGCAAACAUUCCAGCGAUACAUCUCUGAACUUGACUUCUCAAGCCUCCAUCUCAGAUGAGGACAUUAGAUACGAGCCCUUCUCUGAACCACAACUGGAUAAAAAGGAGAUGUCGUCUGAAAAGAAAUCCAAAAAGAGGAGAGUUAAAGGGAGCCUGCGCCGCAACGAUAGUUCUAAUGCAUCGCAAAAGUCCAAUAGCAAACCCAAGAAGUGGUUUCAACGUUUGGAUAAGGGCAAGGAGGAGGGUGGGCAAAGCACUGAUGCUUUACCUCCCCAAACAAGUACAGUUAUUCCUGGAGAUAUGCAUUCAAAUGUGCUAGAAAAUCUGGAGACUUGUACAGUGGAAAGGAAGGACAAAGAAGGCAAGAAGACAAAGAAGCCCACUGUAUGGAAGAAUUUCUUGAGCUGGUUUUCCAAAGGAAACAGUGAAAAAGAACAAGAUCAUCAGAGAACCAAAGAACAGUUACCUCUUUCCCAACCCUCAACACCCCAAAUCUCUUGUUUGCCUUUAGCUGACACCCUAUCAAAAAGUGAAAUCAACCUGCGCCGUUCAAAGUCUUCGAAAAAGAAAUCGUUGCACAGGAGAUCAUUAAAAUGCAGGCAAAGUGGAGAUAUGUCCACUGAAAAAUCUGUUGAGAUAGUGGAACCCACUAACUCGUACUAUGAGAAAAUGUCAGAGGAACUGGAGAAAAUUGUGCAUGAAGUGAAAGACAGUCCAGCAGAUGACAAUGCCACUUACCAAAUAACAGACCAGAAUGGUGUAAAUGUCUCAAAAGAAGAGGUUAUAAAGAGAAUCAUAGAACUUAUAAAACAGGAAGGAGACUUAAUACAUAAAAAGCUGAAAAAGAACAGCACCGUGAGCGAUUAUCUGGAUGGAUUCACCUAUGGAUUCUUCCAGCAAAUGGCUGAUCAAUAUGUGCAGUCAGAAGUUCCCAAUAAGAAAACCCAGCUGCCUGUCGUGGCACCAGAGCUGGUGAAGUUCGCCUUCACUCUGGACUUCACAGCCAGAGUGGCUAAUCUACACCGCCAAGCCACAGGCCAAAUCAUGGGCUUCGGGAACCAGUAUCUCCAAGAUCGCUUCACUCACAUGAGCGAGAGCCAUCCGCAUCUCUCUGACAUUAAAGCAGAGGAUCGGGAAAACACAGAACUCUGAGCAAGAAUUCAUAAGCUUGUAGAAGCGUGAGCUUCUAGCUGACAGUUUUACUGCUGGAUUUAUUUGAAAUGUAGCAACACAAAAGGAGAAAUAACGAAGGCUUUUAAAAUAGGAUUUGUUUUUUUUUCAUUUUGCACAAUAGCACACACAAGAAACACACACCAGAAUGAACAGGGUUGGUAAUAUCAUAAAAAAUUUUAUACAUUUAUGUGAAAUGUUAUGCAGUUUUACAUC